CUAAAUUCAGUGGAUGAGGAGUCAUAACCAGUCAGUAACUGGUCCUUAACGAGCACCUCAAGAUUAUGUAUUUCACUACAUUUCUUAUUGUGAGCUUAACUGUCUCACAAACAUUGAGUCUGAUCAAACCCAGAAUCAAGGACAUUGAAGAAGGCAAGAGCAUCACUGACAUAAAUAAAGAUCUGGGACUAACGGGUGGAGAUAUACUAGAACUGAAUCCCAACCAAAGGAACGCCAUACUGAAUACUGACCAGCUAUGGACAUCUCCAGUUCCCUACGUUUUCGACAACAGUCUAAACAUGAAUGCCAAAGGAGUUAUCCUACGAGCGUUUGACCAGUUCAGACUGAAGACGUGCAUUGACUUCAAGCCAAGGACAUCUGAGCUGUACCACAUAACUGUUCAGAAGUUAGGCGGAUGUUUCUCGUAUAUAGGGAAAGUAAUUGCCAACGGACAAGUGGUAUCUAUUGGAAAUGGUUGUGACGAUAUGUCAAUAGUGGAGCAUGAGUUCAUGCACGCGCUUGGCUUCUAUCAUGAGCAAUCCAGAUACGACAGAGAUGAUUACGUGCGGAUUGUCUGGGAAAACAUAUUAAAAGGUUAUGAAAGUAAUUUUGCCAAAUCAACGGUCGAUGACACCACCAACCUAGGAACUUUAUACGACUACAACUCAGUGAUGCACUAUGGCAAAAAUUUCUUUACCAACGGCAACGGAUCCACCAUCAUCACUCUUCAGCCCGAGUUCCAGGAUGUGAUUGGCCAACGCCUGGAAAUGAGCCCCAACGACGUCCUGAAGAUAAACAGACUCUACAGCUGCAAUGAAAGCGUUGCGUUUAUGGAAUACUGCAGUUUCUCAGAGAAGGGUAUGUGUGGGGUGAGCCGCUGUUCCAGGAUUGUGGAGAACAACUGGAAUACAGUGGAGAGUGCUGUUGGGGGUCCCUCUAGUGACCAUUCCAACCCGGAUACCUGCCAAACUGGGACUGGAUUGUUCAUGUACUCCAGCACAGCUUCAGGGCAGGAGGGGGACUCAGCCUGGCUGGAGAGCAGGAGGAUGACUCCCAGCAGGCCGUGCAAUGUCCAGUGUCUGCAGUUUUACUACUACCACAGUGGGAACCAGUCAGACCAGCUCAACAUCUGGAUCCGAGAAUACCAGGAUGAGAGUGACUCCAGAGGAACGCUGCGCCUCAUGGGACAGAUCACAGGUCCAGCCUCUAACUACUGGCGGCUGCACCACGUGCCUCUGAACGCCACCAGAAGCUUCCAGAUGGAGUUUGAGGUGCGUAAAGGAGCAGGAAGUUCUACCGGAGGCUUCGCCAUCGACGACAUCAACCUUUCAGAGACCGAGUGUCCCCAUCUGACCUGGCAGAUAAGGAACUUUGAGAACCUUCUAACAACUAGCAACUUUGGCACUUUUCUGUACAGCCCUCGACUGUACUCUAGUGAAGGAUAUGCAUACCAGAUAGUGGUUAGAUUAUCCAGGAUGCAUUUUGGACUUUAUGUGCGUCUGGUGUCUGGUCAGUAUGAUGACCAGCUCCAGUGGCCUUGUCCCUGGAGGCAGGUGACCUUCCAGGCUCUGGACCAGAACCCUCAGAUCCAGCUGCAGAUGUCCAAAAGGUUUAGCCUCUCCACUGACCCUACAGAGACUGAGGGGGUUAAUGCAACCUUCGUAUGGGACAAUCCACGUAAGGUUGGAACACUUUACACUGACGAGAACAAUGAGCAGUUCUAUGGAAACACACUGAUUGGAAGAUUCUACAUUAGCAGCCUGAAAGACAAUAAAACCGAAAACUACCUCAAGGGCGGUGAUGCCAUCAUCCUUGCCUCCUUCCAAGACAUUUCCCCUCUCCUCCAGAACAAUUCUCUUCCGUGCCCCACACUCCCACCUGUGAAGUGUAGUAGUCAGACACCACAGAACCUGGACGAGGGUACAUGUGCCACACGUAUUUUUGGCUUCUCUCCUGCUGUGGCGUCUUCCCCUGUGCUGCUGCUACUGACUCUCCUGUUUCUGCUGACUCACUGAUGCGUGUGCCCACCACCUCACCAGCAUGGAUCACUGAUCCUCCAAUAGAUAACCUGUUACCUUUGACUGAUGGCUAAAAGAUUUAGUAUAUAAAAAGAUUGUUCCCUCUACUCUGAUAUGUUGCCAGACAAGUUUUCUCCGGUCUGUUCUAUUGUUUAUCUAUCCAAAAACACAAGGUGUGUUCACUCAACAUGUCACUGUCGACAGCGCCGGUCCUAGGCAUAGGUGACAUAGGCAGCCAAGACGGGGGCGGCAAAUUCCGAAGUUCAUCCAUUAAUUAACCGUCCCGCACCACCAGCAGAGGGCGGGGGGGGGGCUGUUGAUACAUCUCGCUUAGGGCGCCGAAUGUGCUAGGACCGGCACUGACUGUUAACCAUGUCAUCCAGAUCUUCACUAAUUAGCCGUUUCCAAAUCCCCCAAUAGAAAUGUCAAAAGCGUGUAUACCAAGAUGGUCAGAGGUCAGAUGGCUGCGCGGUUAGGGAAUCGGCCUGUUAAUCAGAAGGUUGCCGGUUCGAUUCUCGGCCGUG